CUGCACUAGAUCUCAGAGACGAAGGUGCAGAUCUCUGAGGGUUUUUCUCGUGUUGUUAUUUUUAUCGCCAUUUAUGUCUAAAGAUAGGCGAAUGAUCGCGUUCGAGAAAUAAAUUGUCCGUUGCCAUGUAAUUCACACCACGUCGACCGAAAGGUGCUAAUAAAGAGAAAGAAAAAAGUCGUUUUGGCAUAGUGCUCGCAAGUUUAGUCUGAUAUGUCGUUGUAAUAUUAGCUUUUACUACUGGCUUGUUAUCUUUGCUUCUAUAUAGUUCUUUUCCGGUCAGCAUAGGACACUGUGCAAAAUUAUCGAGGCGUGGAAAACCUUACUCUUGUCGGUUCUUUUGUUAUGGUUGCCGGUGAAACUAUGCGAUUAGCCAAUGAGAGGCCUUGAAAUGAUUUAUUUAUGUCUCAAUGAGCUUGAACUGGAGUCAAGAAAUUUAAACAAGAAAAAGCACGGUUAAUAGGAUGCUCUCGUGGCCGGGAAAGAUGGGAGAAAUCAAAGUGCAAGAGAGAUAGCCGUCCAAAUAUUUCGUUCCCUCGGAGACGCAAUGCUGGAGCAAAUAUUCAAGAAUUUUGCACGUGUAUGGUGACGUAAAGAUAUAGCAAACAUGGCUGGCACUGAGAAAGCGAACUUCUUGAAAUCUUUACUGUUCACUAAAAUGUUCGGCGCCUGGUCCUUUAUACCUUCGUAGAGUGUAAGACUGCUAAAACAUUUAUCCAUUUCAAUAGUUUAGAAGGAUUUUUGUUUUGCCCGCCAUGAAAUCAAGGCACAUGAGUAUCAGAGGAGUUGUUACGAUGUUUGGCGGGUUGAUUUUGGGCUUCACUGUGGCAUUGUUCCUCAGGCAAAAUCUUCUGCCUGUCCAGUCUCGGCGUUGCCAUAUGAACUUUGUUAGAGACGUACGGCCGAGUACAUUGUCCAAAGAGCUUAACUCCAGGCAUUUGAUCUUUAUUGGAGUUAUGACGGCCGAGAAGUUUCUUGAUUCGCGAGCGAAAGCAGUUUAUGAGACGUGGGGUCGGAAAGUCCCGGGCAAGUUAGAGUUCUUCUCAAGCGGCACGUCCCAGACUAAGAUGGAGCUACCCGUUGUGAGUUUACCCGGUGUGGACGAUUCUUACCCUCCUCAGCGAAAGUCCAUGAUGAUGUUGAAGUAUAUGCAUGACAACUAUAUCGACCAGUAUGAAUGGUUUAUGCGUUCGGACGACGAUGUUUACAUUAGAACUGAGAAACUUGCAAGCUUUCUUUGGUCGCUAAAUAGUUCUCAGGACAUUUAUCUUGGCCAAGCUGGAACAGGGGCGAAAGACGAAAAAGGCCUGCUUGGUUUGGGCUCUGGAGAUAAUUUUUGUAUGGGUGGCCCUGGAGUCAUAAUAAGCAGGAGCGUUCUGAAGAAGGUUGUGCCUCAUAUCGAAUAUUGUUUGAAACAUUUACUCACAUCGCACGAAGAUGUGGAGGUUGGGCGAUGCAUUAAACGCUUUGUGGGAAUUCCAUGCACUUGGUCUUUUGAGAUGCAAGCUCUGUUCUACCACAACCAAAGCAAGACACAGGCAUUUCAUGGUAACCUGGACACAAAGUCGGUACGUAAAGCUAUCACCCUUCACCCGGUAAAACAGCCGUCGUACAUGUACCGUUUGCAAGUACAUUUCAUGUCCAUGCGCAUUCAAGAACUUCAGCACCAAGCAAUUAAGCUGCAAAGAGUCCUCAAGAACAUGGAUCUGUUGCUGAACUCCACGAUCAGUUCACUAUCAACUGAAGAAAAAACUAGCCUCCAAGGCGUGAGAGAUUUUCAUCACCAACUUAGUUCAAGAUACCAUGAACCUUGGGACAUGUUCACGGCGCAAAAGUUCUACUCCGAAGUCACGCUUCAGCCGCCUGAGACGGGCAUGCGCGAUCCGUGGAAAGACGGGCUUAAUCACGUGCUUGGGCAGACAAUGGGAUUAAUCAAUGAGGAAGCAAAGCGAGUUCUUCACCGCAGCCUUGAAUUUAAAAAACUUAAUCCCGGAUACAUACGAGUACAUCCGCUAUACGGCGCACAGUACCUCAUGGAUAUGCUCAUGAAGUAUCACCGGCACAUUGGACACAACAGGAGGCGCAUGACGGUUCACGUGCGUCACCACGCCUUUUUACAAUUACCCUUUGGCAACAUGGUCUACCGAGCCGAGUCCUUUGGAAAAGAGGUCCCCUCGGUACAUUUUAUCCUCCCCCUAACCGGUCGCAUUGGAACGUUCCGCCGUUUUAUGAAGAAUUUUGAAGACGUCUGCCUAAAACGACGAGAGAACGCAAAACUUCUGGUGGUAUAUUUCCCCUCCGUGACUUCUGCGCGUGAGCACAAAACCGUAAUGAAAGAUUACCAAACGAGAUAUCCCGAGGCAGAUCUAUUGUGGCUGGAGGCUAUAGGAGAUUUUUCACGCGGCCUUGCUCUUUCUCUCGGGGCGAACCAGUUUGACCAAAGUGCUUUAUUGUUCUUCUGCGACGUCGAUUUGGUUUUUAACGCUGAGUUUCUGUAUCGCGCUCGUACGAACACGAUACUCGGUCAACAAGUGUAUUACCCUAUGGUAUUCAGUCAGUUUGAUCCAGAGAUCACAUACCCCAACCGUACAGCUCCCAACAACCAGUUCACAGUGAACAGGGACGCGGGAUUCUGGCGAGCUUAUGCGUUCGGCAUAGUCGCUGUUUACAACCACGAUUUACGAGUUGUUGGGGGGUUUGACACAACAAUUCAGGGCUGGGGGCUGGAAGAUGUGGAUUUGUACGAGAAGUUUGUUAGGCAUCAAGACAUUAGCGUGUUCCGUGCGGCGGAUCCUGGCCUGGUACACGUAUACCAUCCAGUCAUCUGCGAUCCUAAGCUUGUAGACCGACAAUAUGCUAUGUGCCAGGGUUCGAAAGCGUCCGGUUUUGGCUCAGAGAAGUCGUUAGUCCGUCAUAUGUUGUCAAAAGGUUAUAUAAAUAGAUAGAGUUACGUAAAAAGUUACGUAAAAGUAGAAAGCAAUUUUUUCAAUCGAGUGUCGAGACUAUGCUGGAAUUAGGGCUGAUAGUUUCUAAAGAAACUGUUUGGAGCU